AUGGUGGUCGGGGACAGGGUGGAGAAGGAAAAAUGGGGAGGUAAGGGGUCGAACUGGGAGAAAGUGAAGGAGCUGUUCGCAGAAGGGCUUAAGGUGAGGGUGACGGUGAGGGAGGUGAUUGUGGUGGGACAGAGGGGAAUUUGGCUAACCAUACUGGUGAAGUUGAGAGACGAAGAGGAAAAGUGGCAGGUGCUGGAAGCGAGAAGUAGGGCGGGGAAUAGAGUAGGGGUGAAAAUACACGAGGACAAGUCGGUGGAAAGGAGAGAUAGGGAGAAAGAAGAGAGAAAGGAGAAAAUAGAGGAGAGGUUACGUAGGAGUACAGAGAGAUCGGAGGAUGAGGAGAUAUCGAAGGAGAUGGAGGAUAAGUUGCUCGUCGAAGAUGAGUCCGAAGAGGAGAAGGAGGAAGGAGGAAAGAGGGCUAAAUAA